GUCGUGUGUACACACUGCUCGGUCUCUAUGUAGGCGCCUACGCUACGUGCCUAAUUAUUAAAGUUUAGUUUAGUUAAUUCUAUUAUUUGGACCAAUUAAGGUGGCACUAGCGUACCAAAAUUUGUAAGUGAGUGUAAAUAAUUUUCGUUUAGUGCACACUGCUUAAGACAAAUUGAAGUAUCUCUGUUAUGAAGUUCUAACAGAAUUUGUGAUAACUACUUAGAAAUUAAAGCGUUCGUGUGGGCGUUUGUUAUUAAACAAUAGGAUCGCUCAGGUAUAACAGGACUCUCUCUAAGCCAAGGACCAACUAGAAUAUUAAUAAAGCCAUGUCACGAAAUUGGCCCGAAAAUGUUGGUAUACGCGCCAUUGAAGUGCUUUUUCCCUCGCAGUAUGUGGACCAAACGGAAUUGGAACAGUUCGAUGGCGCCUCUGCGGGCAAAUAUACAAUCGGCCUGGGCCAAUCAAAAAUGGGUUUCUGCUCGGAUCGCGAGGAUGUCAACUCGCUUUGCCUGACGGUUGUCGCCCGUCUCCUGGAACGUCAUCAUAUCAAGCACACGGAAAUCGGUCGCCUAGAGGUGGGCACCGAAACGAUAGUCGAUAAAUCGAAAUCGGUGAAAUCGGUGCUAAUGCAAUUGUUUGCGGCGAGUGGCAACACUGACAUCGAGGGCAUCGAUACCACAAAUGCCUGCUAUGGCGGCACCGCGGCGCUCUUCAAUGCAGUCAAUUGGAUCGAGUCGUCCAGCUGGGAUGGACGCUACGCGCUCGCCGUGUGCGCCGAUAUUGCCGUCUAUGCCAAGGGUGCGGCACGUCCGACCGGCGGUGCCGGCGCCAUUGCCAUGCUGGUGGGACCGCACGCGCCGCUGCAGCUCGAACGUGGACUGCGCGCGACUCACAUGGAGCACGCCUAUGACUUCUAUAAGCCCGAUCUGAGCUCCGAGUAUCCGACGGUCGAUGGCAAGCUGUCCAUACAGUGCUACCUCUCGGCGCUGGAUACCUGCUAUCGCCUCUAUCGCCAGAAGUUCGAGAAGCAGCAGCCGCAACAGUCGCAGCUGGGCCUGCAGAACUUUGAUGCCAUUAUCUUCCAUACGCCGUUCUGCAAACUUGUCCAGAAAUCCGUGGGACGUCUGAGCUUCAAUGAUUUUCUGCUGUGCAGCGAACAGGAGCGCGCCGAGAAAUUUGCCGGCUUGGAGCGCUUCAAUGCAGCCACACUGGAGGGCAGCUAUUUUGAUCGGGAUGUGGAGAAGGCCUUCCUCACGCAAUCCGCCGAGCUGUUCGCCAACAAGACCAAGAAAUCGCUGCUGCUGGCCAAUCAGGUGGGCAACAUGUACACGCCCAGCGUCUAUUCGGGUCUCGUCUCGCUGCUAAUCAGCGAACCGGCCAGCCAGCUGGUGGGCAAACGCAUCGCUGUCUUCUCCUAUGGCUCCGGCCUGGCCGCCUCCAUGUAUUCCAUCAAAGUAACACAGGAUGCGUCCGUUUUUGAGAAGUUUGUGUCCAAACUGGACUAUGUGCUGCCCCUGUUGAAUGCACGUGAAAAAGUGGCGCCCGAACAGUUCUCGGAGCUGAUGGAGGUGCGCGAAAAGAACAAUCAUGCGGCGCCCUAUACGCCCACAGGCAGCAUCAGUGCCCUCUUCCCGGGCACCUACUAUCUAAAGGAUGUGGAUGCACUGCACAGGCGCAGUUACGAGCGCACGCCCAGCAACAUCAGCAACGGAGUGCAUUAGCCAAGAGCUAAUCCGGCAUUA